UGCUCCAUGAUACUUUCCAGUCCAUGCUUUAUUUACUGAAGCAUAAGUGAUUAAAUGGCUUUUUAACUAAGUACCUAUAGAGAAUUAUUGAAUAUAAACGUUAAUCACGUGGAGUUAUAGAUUAAUUAGGAUGAAAUUUGCAUACAAGUUUAGUAAUCUACUGGGUACUGUGUAUCGGAAAGGAGAUAUAAUAUUUUCUUCCGAUGGAACAUCUGUUAUUAGUCCUGUUGGAAAUAGAAUAACAAUAUUCGAUUUGAAGAAUAAUAAAUCAACAACACUCCCAGUAGAAUCCAGAUUCAACUUUAAUGCCAUUGACUUAUCCCCUAAUGGCACUGUACUCAUUGCAAUUAAUGAAGAGGGUGAGGCGCAUAUCAUCAGCCUAAUCAGCAAAAUGAGCAUUUACAAGCACAGAUUUAAAAGGCCCAUAAAGUGUAUUAAAUUUUCAAAUGAUGGAAAAUAUUUUGCAGUGUGCAAAGAAAAUAGAGUUUUUAUUUUCAAGGCCCCUUGCCUUGAGACCGGUGACUUCAGCCCCUUUGUAAUGGAGCGAAUUUUUUCGGGGCCAAUGGACGAUACCACCAUUCUUUGCUGGUCAUUUGAUUCUAAGUUUAUCGCUGUAGGCUCCAAGGACACAACCACCAAACUUUACAGUCUGGCUAAAUUAAAAAAUUUCAAGCAAUGCUCCCUGGGUGGUCACUCCGAGGAAAUAGUCGCCUGUUUCUUCGAAAAGUCCUCGUACGAUCUCACAACAGUCAGUAGAAAUGGUCACCUCUGUAUUUGGGAGUGCUCAUUGGAGCCACAAGAUCUCACUCUAUAUGAGCCUCCUCCCCUAAAAAGAGAGAAACAAAAACUAGACAGUGGCAGUGAGAGUGAAGACGAUGUUGAUUUGGAGAAAGCCAUUGAAAAGAUUGAUAAACAACGAAAGCAAUGGGAAUGCAGGGUCAAUUCAAGUUCAUUUUCAAAAAGUAUGAGGGACCAAGACAAUGAGAAUAAACUAGCUUACAAGCGACUAGCCAGACAUUAUCUAGCAGAUGAGCCUAGAAAAUGUGAUAAAUCAGCAAUUUUAACAGCAGCAGCGUAUCACGCAAAGACGCGAAUUCUUGUCUCGGGAUUUAGUAAUGGCUCCUUCUUUCUCCACGAAAUGCCCGAGGUCAAUUUAAUUCACUCGCUCAGUAUUUCCAACCAGUGCAUCUCGACGAUAGCUCUGAACGUGACUGGCGACUUGAUUGCUCUGGGCUGUGCCAAGUUGGGCCAACUUCUUGUUUGGGAGUGGCAGAGCGAAACAUAUGCUAUGAAACAACAGGGUCAUAGCACUUGCAUGAACUCUUUAGCCUAUAGUCCUGAUGGUCAGUACAUAAUUACAGGUGGAGAUGAUGGAAAAGUUAAACUUUGGAAUACUCUUAGUGGAUUUUGCACAGUGACUUUCUCAGAGCACACUAGUUCCAUCUCCCAUGUAUUAUUCAGCCACAACAGGAAGUUUAUUGUGUCAGCCUCAUUGGAUGGAACUGCUCGAGCUUAUGAUUUAGCUCGCUAUAGAAAUUUCAAAACAUUCACAUCGCCAAGACCUGUCCAAUUCUCAUGUCUAGCUCUGGAUUCGAGCGAUGAGUUCCUGGCGGCUGGGGGUCAGGAUGUCUUUGACAUUUACCUAUGGAGUGUAAAACUUGGAACAUUACUUGAGAUUCUCACUGGCCACGAGGGCCCCGUCUCCAGCCUAUCCUUCAAUCCAAGUCCAGCUAGCACAGCUCUGGCCUCAGUCUCGUGGGGUGAUAAGACCCUUAAAUUAUGGAAUGCAAUUGAGAGUGGAUCAACUCAUGAAACUAUUCAAUUAACUGCUGACGGACUGUGUGUAGUUUAUAAACCCAGUGGGGAUGAGGUUGCAGUUGCAACUUUAGAUGGACAAAUAUCUUUCUUUGAUUGCAAAACAUCGAACCAAACUGGAAGCAUCGAGGGGAGAAAAGACCUAACAAGUGGCCGAGCCGAAACCGAUCUCAUCACUGCUAAGAAGAGCCUCAAGGGAAAGGCAUUCACCUCUCUUUGUUAUACUGCUGAUGGCUCCUGUAUUCUCGCUGGUGGACACUCUAAAAAUAUCUGCAUUUACAACAUCAAGGAGUCUGUUCUUAUUAAGAAGUUUGAAAUAACACAGAAUCACUCGUUUGAUGCUGUCGAUGAUUUUAUCAACAGAAGAAAGAUUACCGAUUUUGGUAAUUUAGCGCUGGUAGAGGAGCGUGAGGAGAGGGAGGGUGGACAUGUAGCUUUGAGGCUGCCUGGAGUGAAAAGUGGCGAUAUGACCAGUAGAAACAUAAAACCAGAGAUCAGGGUUUACAGCUUGCAAUUUUCACCAACUGGCCAGGCCUGGGCUGCUGCCACCACCGAGGGUCUCUUGAUUUAUUCUCUAGAUGUAGCACUGGUAUUUGAUCCGUUUCAACUUGAGUUGGGGAUCACCAUAAGCAGUGUUGUAGAAGUUCUCGAGACUGGAGAAUAUGCCAAGGCCCUUAUGAUGGCAUUAAGACUCAAUGAAAAGGAUCUCAUCAGAAAUGUCAUUGAGAGAAUUCCUUGUGAAGAUGUUGAGCUCACUGUUGCCACUCUCUCGCACCUUUAUAUUGACAAGUUACUAAUGUUUACGGCCGUAGAAUUUGAGAGGAGCCGACACAUUCAUUUUUAUCUCAUCUGGAUUGAAAUCAUUCUUACGAAAUCGGGGCACUUCAUUAAUUCACCUUUUCAACUACCCAUUUUGCUCACUCUGAAAAAAAAUAUGCAGCAGAAGUACGAUGAUCUUGGUAGAAUUUGUGACUUCAAUCAAUAUACAAUGAGUUUCAUCAGAAAUAGGGCUAAAUUGAAAGUGCAGGUUAAAAAGAGUAAUGCAGAAUCCGAUGGAUCCGGAGACGAUAUGAUGGUUGAUUAAUUAUAUACAAAUUUUUUAAAGCAAUUAAACAUUUGUAUUUGACAAUUUAUUAUUAUACAAAUU